AUGGGGCAUAAAUUCUCAACUCAUCCAAGUUCUGAAGAAACUGAGUGUGAUUCUCUCGCAAAAUGCUCGAAACUCACCGCUUCACAAAGAGACAUCGUUAUCGAAGGUUUCGAAAAUGCCAGCGAAGAUAUAACGCAACGAAUAGUUAUGAGAAUGCUUCAGCAGCGCGAGGAUUUCAGAACAUUUAUGGAUGAUUUAAGUCCAGAUUUGAGGAAGAUUCUCAUCAUGCAGUUGAAACAGUAUCUCCACAGUGUUAUUGACAACAUUGAUGACGCAGAAAAAAAACAAUACUUCCAGAUCAAAUUGUUGUCCUCAAAAUUUGGAAUGGAACACGUAAUAUUGAAGCGAUUCGGAUUUAAAACAGAUUUUUUCGCCCUUAUGGCCAAUUCAAUUGCAACUGAAUGCGCAUUUCUCAGCGAUACAACAACAUCUGCUACAACUACCUUUAAAGCUUGGAUAAAUCUCGUAGGAUUCAUGUUUUCAGCUGUAAGAGAUGGCUUUUAUAAAGAAUUACGCUUUCAGCGCCAUUUACCACAUCAACCUUUAACUUCUUCGAAGAGUUUGUCUGAUUUAAAUAUGAAUGCAAAUCAAUUUCCUGCAGAAAUCGGACCAACUGAUUGUAAAAAUUGCAAAAAUGAUAAAGAGGAACGGAGCAUUAAAGAUAAUACCCAGAGAGAUGACACAUUACCUGUAGAAAUAAGUGGUACAAAGGAAACGACCAGAUCGAAUGAAUUGAUUAUUGAUGAAUGUGAACGACCUACUCGGGCAUUGCAGCGCAAGGACGCAUUUUACGUGGCUCAGUCACCGCAGAUUUAUAAAAAACGAUCCAGAUCUGCUUAUCAAAAUAUAAAUUUGCAAAAUGCACAAUCAUCAGCUGAAGGAGAUCGACUGGAAAUGACGAAAAUCAAAUUUGAAAUGUUGAAUGAACAACAUAAAAAAGUAAGCAUCUGA